AUGGAUUAUGAUCACCACCACUACCUCAUACGCUUCGCCCAGACCCACGAGGGCUUUCGACAACCGGAAAUCGAGGCUCUCUCGCGCCUGGCGGGCGUGCGAUGCGAAAUUGUAUCAUAUUCCGACGACUCGCCAUUCUGCGUCGUCCGGUUCGCUUUCCGCGACUCGCCCACCACCUCGACAACUUCUACCAACUCUCGUCACGAGGCUCAUGACGAUGUAGUGCGCAACUUCAUAUCGAGAUCCAUCCUGGCUAAGAGCAUCUACGAGAUCUGGGGCCAGGGGCGGGACUACGAAGAGGUCCACGCCGACGUCAAACAGCGAAGUCAGCCCCUGUGGCCACGGUUCCAGAAUGUCACGUUCAGGUUCUCAAUAGACACCUACGGUCUGACGCACGACGCCACGAAGCAGAAAGACAUGAUCGAUUCGUUCAGCUAUCUCGGAUUCAAGGGCAAGAUCCGCAUGAAGAAUCCCGAGGCCGAAUUUGCGCUCAUGGAGGACUGGCUGUUGCCCGAGUUCAUCCGUAAACGUGCCCGAGAAGAAUCGGCUGCCUCUUCAACGGCCGUUGGGACGACGGUAGCAGAGGCCUUGUCGAACUCGAGUCUCAGACAGAUCUUCCUAGGCCGCAAAAUUGGCGAGUCGAGGCGCUGGCUGAGAGAAAAGCACGACCUCAAAAAGCGACCCUAUAUUUCCACAACGUCGAUGGAUGCCGAGCUGGCUCUGCUGACGGCGAACAUGGCCCUGGCUGCUCCUGGGAAGAUCUUUCUCGACCCCUUUGUCGGCACGGGUGGGUUCAUGGUCGCUGCGGCCGAACUGGGGGCCAUGACGUUGGGAUCAGAUAUCGAUGGUCGCAGUUUUCGCGGAAAGGGCCUCGGACUCGAAAAGGGCGUGGGAGCGAACUUUAGAAAAUAUGGAAUUUCACACCUCUUCGGCGAUUGUAUCACUUCCGACCUGACCAAUACCCCUGUCCGUAGUCCAACGAAGUCACAGCAACGCUUUGGCCCUCGGUGGCUGGACGGGAUCAUCUGUGAUCCACCUUAUGGUGUUCGAGAAGGACUGAAAGUUCUGGGAACCAGAAAGGCCACUGCGGUCUCGGCGAGCGGAGUUGAUAGCGACGGGCGUGAGACAUCGAGCUCACCAACUCCACACAUGAUAGACGGGGUCCUUGCUCAUACAAGACCAGGAUACAUAGCGCCAAAGAAACCUUACUCCUUCACCCGGAUGUUAGACGAUAUCCUGGACUUCGCGACAAGGACGCUAGUGGACGGUGGUAGGCUGGCGUUCUGGAUGCCCAGUGCGAAUGAGAACGAGUCAGGUGAGGAGGAAUCGACUCUCAUACCAACACAUCCACACCUUGAAUUGAAGCAUGAAUGCAUUCAGCGGUUCAACAAAUGGAGUCGACGGCUGCUAGUGUACGAGAGACUCCCUGGGGCCCUGGAUACCGAAGUCGAUGUUGAAGGACUUCGUCGCGGGAUGGAAGGUAUGGCUCGGACUGCCGACGAGCUUAAUCCGUUCCGCAAGAGGUAUUUUGAGGCUUUCGUAGGCCGUAAUGGCACCUAG